CAAAAAAUAUUGCCAUCAGCAGAUUCUUCUUCAUUCCUAGAUGGAUUCUGUUCUGGCAACUAAGUUUUUAUUGUUGGGUCUAAUCCAUUUGGUUUUCAUCCAUGGAAACAGGUGCUGCUUUGAAGAGGAGAAGGCGGCUCUUCUGGAAUUCAAGGACUUUGUCAAAUCAGAUGGCUACGAUGCAGACCAACUUCUUCCUUCAUGGGUUAAUGACCCUGAGCAUAAGAGUUGUUGUCAAUGGGAGAGGGUCGGUUGCGACUCCACCACAGGCCAUGUGAUCAAGCUCUCCCUCAGCAAUACUAGGCAGUUUGAUGUACCCUCAGAUAGCUCAUAUGACCCCUUAUAUAGCUCAUAUGAACCCAAAAACAGUUGGCAAUUAAACCUCUCCUUGUUUCAACCGUUUAAGGAGCUAAGGCGUCUGAAUUUAUCCUUCAAUGUGAUUUCUAGGAUACAGAACAAAGGUACGCUUGUUAUGUAAUUUUUCCCUUUAAUUGGCAUACUAGCUAGAUUGAGUCAGAUUGAGAACUCCCCAAACAAUACAAGCUCUUUAGAAUUUGAUUUUUGCCUCUUUUGCCAAUAAGGUAAAAAUGUUUAC